GCGCUCGCUUUGCACUUUUGUGUGCUUUUCGCUAGUGCGUGCUACCGCCGCUCCAAGUUUCGGUGGGCGCUCCAAUCGCAUGCCUGGUUCCUCCUGACUAGAACACCCGCACAGCAAAAACCGGAAGUGGUAUUUUAGCGGCUUCUUCGGAGGUGCUUCCGGCAAAACACUCGGAAACGCUCGUUGUGCGACAGACCGAUGGCUGACGACGCUGAACAGACUCCCGCAACCGCGGUGGAGGAGCCGCUCGACCUCAUCCGGCUCAGCCUGGACGAGAAGAUCUACGUCAAGAUGAGGAACGAGCGGGAAUUGCGCGGCAGAUUGCACGCGUACGACCAGCAUCUGAACAUGAUCCUGGGCGAUGUAGAGGAGACAGUGACCAGCGUGGAAAUUGACGAGGAAACCUACGAAGAAGUGUACAAGAGUACCAGGAGGUCCAUUCCGAUGCUGUUUGUGCGUGGAGAUGGCGUCAUAUUGGUGUCUCCUCCGGUCCGAACGACGACGUGAAUUCUCGUUCCGCAGAGUCCGCUCAAACCACAGUCACGAUUCACUCAAAUAAAUGUAAAGCCUUCACAAA